GUUGCGUUGCUUACUUGUUUUGGCGUUUACCGCGCUCGAAAUAAUCUUCGUCUUUUAAUUUGAGUGUGCUUACUGUAAUAAUAACGACACUGAACCAUAAAAUGCAACAACAAGAUAUUGAAAAGUUGUACUUUGUACCUUUCAAAGCUGUGCAAAAAGUGACAAAAUUCAUUAGAAACUCAACUAAAUGGGAAAAGGAAGCAUGUCACCGCAGCCUUCUGAAUCUCCAGGAUGCGCACAAUCAUUUUCACAAACCCGAGCCAGGGUCUACACUGUUUAUGAAAAAUGUAUUAUUCAAAUGUGUGAGGUCUGCCAUUUAUUCUCAUAAUUGGGAUAAGCUCUUAUAUAUCCUUACAAAGAGUACCAUUAUGGAUAAUAGAAGACGUAUGUAUAGUGAUGAAACGAAUUCUGAAAGGCUAAAAUUCUAUUUGAAGGCCUUCACAAUAUUGUUGAUGAACCACCCGUAUGCCAGAGCCCACGGUCUGCUGGAUGAUUACAUGCACAUGGUGCUGUCGUGCCGCACACAGGAGAGUAGGCAGGCCAUCAUGAAGGUGCUUGUCACAUUGACGGACACUCUCUAUUCUAAAGUGUUGGCAAAUAGGAAAAAUAGAUUGGAGAGAGAUUUGGAUGGACUGGUUGAACUUAUUUAAAAAUAUUACCACCGUUGUUUGUGAUAUUUUUCAGCAAAGGGUAUCAUUUAACUUUG